AGUUAAGUACCAAAUAACUCAUCAGUAGUGUAUGUCUGAGCAGUGAUGAAUACUUUUUAUUUCUUUUUCCCUGUCCAAUAAUAUUUUCACUGUACUGUUAGCAGACAACUAUUUCUAUGCCAUUUGGAUUUGGACGAACAGCCGAGCCAAAGUGUCAGUUAGCUUAGUCUGCUUGGCAAGGGGUAAAUAAAUCUGGGGGGUUAGGUUGCACUUUGUAUGAAUACAAAAAAUUACAAAUUAAUCAUAUCCACUAUCAUUGUGAAUUAAAUCGUGUAAAUUCAGAAAAAAUAUGUUUUAAAACUUGACUAUCGUUUUGUGGGAAUUUAAAUUUUAUCCAUCAACUGUCGAUCACUUUGAAGAAAAUGUCACUAGCGGUAGUAAAUGUGUUGACCAUAUUGUUCAGUGUAAUUUCAAUUAAGAUAGUUUAUUCAAAAAAGAUUAUUUCUGAACAUGAUAUGGGAAAACUUGUGUUUGCCAAUGUGCUCUUUAGACAUGGAGAUCGAACACCACUCAAUCCUUAUCCCACUGAUCCGUACAGAAACGUUUCAUUCUGGCCUGUAGGAUUCGGUCAGUUGACAAAUCUGGGAAAGGAGCAGGAAUAUGAGCUAGGCCAGUGGCUGCGCCAUAGGUAUGAUGCUUUGUUGACAGACACGUACAGUGAGAACGUUGUGUACGUUCGCAGCACAGAUGUUGAUCGUUGUUUGAUGAGUGCUGCCAGCAAUCUCGCAGCCAUAUAUCCUCCCAAGGGCUCUCAGAAAUGGAAUCCCAAACUCAACUGGCAACCCAUACCCAUCCACACUGUGCCGGAGCAUGAAGACUCAGUUCUCUCAGGAAAAAAACCUUGUCCAGCAUAUGAUCGAGAGAUGGAAAGAGUCCUGAAGUCUCCAGAAAUACAAGCAUUGAAUGAAAAAUUUGCUGAUGUCUUUAAAGUCUUGAACGAGCACACCGGGAGAAAAGCAACCUCACUAAAAGACGUAGAAUAUGUCUAUGAUACUCUCCUCAUUGAGACUUUGCACAACUUUACAUUGCCAGCAUGGACAAAGAGUAUCUAUCCUGAGCCAAUGAUGGAGGCUUCUAAGUACAGUUUUGCCUUAUCAACUUGGACAGAGAAGUUAGCUCGUUUGAAGUCAGGUUUGUUAGUAAAGGAUAUGAUAGACCACUUACACAAGAAGAGUGAGAACAAAGCGAAACCAAACCGUAACAUGUGGAUAUACUCAGCUCACGACUCAACAAUAUCCAGCCUGCUCAACACCUUGGGUGUGUUUGACCUGCAGAUCCCUGACUACGCCUCAGCAGUUCUCAUGGAGCUCAGGGUCGACCCUCAGGGAAACCAUCAAGUCACGAUGUUGUUGCGCAACUCUACCAUUCAUGAGCCGUAUCUACUGACGCUGCCAGGCUGUACUCCCGUAUGCCCUUUGGACACAUUCCUUGAACUGUGUGAGGCCGUAGUUCCCCUGGACUGGGAGCGGGAGUGUCAAGCCUCCUCACUGUUCGACAUGGCACAUGCACUGCCUUACCGUGACCUCUCGACUACUGCUCUGGUGACAUCCUCCCUGCUUGUCCUGCUGUUACUGCUGUCUGCCACACUCUACUGGCAGAGGAGCCGCCGGCGCAUUCACUGGUACCACGCAAACUUAAGACUGACAGUCUAUAGCCUACCUCUUGUCAAUCUGUAUUCUGAGUUCCUCUCAUGCAUUGUGAUCGGACUUAACGAAUUUCCACAGUAAUAUAUGUUGGUUUGCUGUGGUGCAUGUUUUUCCAUACUUAUAUUUUUGCUAGUGGCAUAGAAUUAUUUAAACAAUUUAAAAAUUCAAGAGGAAUUUUAUUAUUUAAAAAAAAAAUAACUUUUAAAGUUAAAAUAUAUUUUUUCUAUAAAACUAAAACGACUGUGUAAUAUUUUUGCCAAUAUUUUUUAGAAAGAUAAGUGAUUGAGUACUAAUAAUAAUAUCAUAUUAAAUAUAGUAUAAUCUUAGAAAUGUUAACUUUUCAAUUUUUAAAUAGUAGAAUUAAGUUUUUAAGAAUGAAUUUAUUACCUGAUUAAAUUAUCUCUAAAGGUCACUCACUACAUUCCAGCUUUGAUCUCAUCUAAUAAUUAUUUACUUCAAUGAUUUUUAUUGAUUUUAAUAUUAUACAUCGAUUUAUAAUUGUAAUAUCAGUUUGAACUUAAACUAGUGAUUAGUAACUGUUACAUAUAUGUGUUAUUGUUGACUGUAUUGGAAUAGUCUUGUUUGUAAUAUAAUAGACUAUAUUUAUUGUGCUUUUGUUGUAAUUUUAUUGCAUUGGGUUAGGUGUGUGUGUGCAUAUCAUUAGAUUUUAAGUUUCUUGAAGUUACCACUGUUUUAGAUAGUAGGCUGUAAGAAACUAUGUGUCAGAUCAUUUUUAUCUGAUCCCAUAAGGCUUGAACAUAUAUAUUUGUUGCUUUUUUGACUUUAAACAGUUUUACAAUUUUAUCACAUUUUGAUGCUUUCAAAUGUGGAUGAAUUAGAUUGUGAUCUAAACCAACAACCCGACAAACUUUCUUAAAAAAUCCUUCAGACUAUAAAUAAAAACAUUAUAAAAACGUUUUAACAUUAUAUUUUAACCAUAGGAACUGUCAUGUUAUUUAACAGACUAUUUUUCUCAAAAUAUAUAAAAUUACAUAAACUUUUGUAGGAAAAUAAUUAAUUGGUUUCUUUUGAUUAAACUUCAGGAUUACUAAACUCCUGUAGUUUUCACUGUCAGAUAAAAAAAACCCUGUCUACUUAACUAAAUAAAAUCUAUGAUACAGUCUGGCCAAAAAAUAAUCAGAUUCGGGCUAUAAAAUUUGUAUUUAUACCUCUUCAUGACUAACAGUAUGCUCUACAAUAUUCUCCUCUUCAUGAUUUGUACACUGCUCCAUAUGAGUGUUACUGGUACAAGUAAUGUUUGAUGUCCUCUUCUGCAUGAUCAUGAUAUACAUCUUGGCUUCAAUUUGCCUGAAAUUGUUUCUUUCAGUGUAUAUUUCACUUACUGUAAGAAACAAUAGUCAGAGAGAUCAAGGUCUGAUGAGUAGUGUGAUGGAUGUUCCAACACAGUGAUGUUUCCGUUACCUAAAAGUCAACUUGGCGACUAAUGCAGUAUGAGCUAGAUUUUUUACGUGGUGAAGGACAUUUCUCAUGCAAUAGCGACAAAACCUUUUAUUUAUCAAUUGUUACAAUCUCAGCAACUGUACGAAUACAGAAUCAACACUAUUUUCAGAACGAAUGACCAGUUUUAAAUAGAUGUCAUAGAAAUCUGCCUAUUUCAGUCAUCCUCUUGACGGAAUUUCUGGGAGAUUUCUUGCAUUUUCUUUAACCAUGGUUCCCAGAACCCAAAACCACUAUAAUCCAAAAAUGUAUAUAUACGAGGGCUGGACUUAUACAACCCUCCUGCUUCCUGUGAGCUUGUGAACAUGAUAACCGCCAUAAUGCUAUAUAUAGCAAAUUAAAAUUUGGUAUAUAUAUAUAUUACUUUGAGAUUGCUCUGAGAAUAAAACAAGCAAUUUUUAUUUCCAAAUACCAUUCAAAAAUACUCUUAAAAGCAAUUAAAAAACCUUUAUAUACUGUAAAGAUAUGUAAUAUUUUUGACAGCUGAUGAUGGAGUCACAGAACCCGACUUGCCAUGCACGUCUCUGUCCUCUUUGAUCCACUUAAACUGUAGACACAUAAAAAACUUUAGUAUGUGACAAAAAUUCUUCACCAUACACUUUAUUCAAAAAAGCAUGGGUUCUUGUGGUACAUCUCACAGAUUUUACUAAAAAAUGUAUCGUUAAUUUGUUGCUCUUUCGAAAGCUAAGCUUGUUUGUAACGUACAGCUGAUACACGAUCUGACACAAAUAAUGGCCACAGCAUGACUGAGUGGUCAGCAGGUAGCUGGCUGGCAGGAAUGAAGAGAUAACAUGUUGUAUAACUCUGCGGAGUAAACAUUAUUUUUUGGCCAGGUUUCGUACUAAAAACUAUAAAUAUUUAGUCAGAACUACAAAAUAUAAACGCUAUAACGUUUUAAGCACUUGUUGAAUACUCUAUGUAAUUCGAAGUAUUCAACAAUGAGACAUAGGAAUAAAAAUUAUCUCCUUCACAACAUUGGUGGUUUGACUAAUGGGUUGUGGUGAACACAUGGCUUUUUAAUCAAUGCAUCAACAAUUGCCAUUAAUGCAGAUUUAAAAAGUAAAAACUACAUAAUUAAAACAGACGUAAAAACUGAAUAGCCUUUAGUCAGAAAAAAGUUAACACCAAAUUUGUUAAAGUAAAAUUUAUAAUAAGUGGGGUUUUAGAUUUGACUGUACUUAUAUAUAAUUCCAUGUUAAUGAAUGUACAUAUUUUUUACUUGUUGAUAUAAUAUGUAAAAACUAUGUUUUUAUUUACAAAUUUUGUUAUUAUUGACAUUAUUAUUCAUUAAUGGACCAUUUAUAAAUAAAUACUUAAUUUAAAUUUAUUUUAUUUUUUAUAAUAUUUUACAAAUUAGUAUAGAGUUAAGGGAAAAUUCAGAGGAAUGGCACCAUCCAUUAUUGAUCCAUUAUUGAUUUACCAUCCAUUUCAUUUUGCUUAAUUAAAAAUAAAGUACUAUUAAUGGAAUUAAAAAUGUUACAGCUUAUUUUAAUUGUAUGUACACGUACUUUAAAACUCCCAAAGACUCCAGUAUUUUAGUGGUAAUCUACUUCUAGUUCUCUCCUUUCGUAUGUUGUAUUUGUCUUAUUUUAUGAGAAUUUAUUGUUUAACAUUGUAUGCUUGUUUAUCCAAAUUUCAAGAAGUAUGUGUUGGCUUUAAAAAUGUAUAAAUUAACAAUUUUAGCUGUAUAAGUUUUACUUGUAUAUAAAAAGUUUGUGUUUCAACUUGUGUGGAUCUAUGCAGUGGUGUAUAUAGAAAAUUAUUUCAGAGGGGGCUGAGACACUGGGUGGUUUAAUAGGUAUAAAACACCCUUCAAAAACCGGGACUCUGAAAUCUUUCUCCAGGAAAAUAUUAAGAUUUAAAACAUCAUGAAUGUGUUCUAGCUGAAAAUAACUACAGGGUGCAAUUUUAAUGUUUCUCUUCCAAAAACGUUUGGGGGCCUAAGCCUCCUGUCUCCCCUUCAUAUAUGUCCAUGUAUAUAUGCCCUUAUUGUUGAUAUAUUAUAUAUAUAUUUUUUUUUUCAAAGUAUACAUUAUUUGAGUAGCUGGUACCACUAUUACAAGCUGAUUAGAAACUUAGAUUUAUUACAAUUACAAAAUGAAAUACCUUUAAUUUGGAUGAACAAGUUUAAAAUGUAUGUGUAACAAAUGUCUGUUUGAAUGUCAUGAAUUGUUUAACCGUCUUAUCAGAAUCAUUUGUUUGACAGUGAAGCAGGUUUGUUGUAACUCAGAGUUUGCUAAUACAUAAUGUAUGUGAGUGUAUGUACCUCCCUCCCACCCACAAAUCCUCUCCCCUCCUUCCAUCCAAGUGUCUCAAGCUGUUAAGCAUGAAAUGAUUAUUUUGGAAUUUUUUAAAUAAUUUUAAAAUUAUUGCACAUAAAAAAUAAAUACAGACUAAAAAAUACACACAUGUUUUUAUUAUAGAUUUUGAGUUAAAAUAGUGAUACUCAUGAUUUAUUAAAAAUAUAAUUUUUUUAUUUUAUAAACACUUCUUCUCUGUAGACGAAUGAGUAAAACGUGUAUAUACAAAACUUAGGUUAUGAAAUCAGGGUUAACAUUAUUGUUGCUUUAUUGCAUUAUUGUGGCACCAUAAACCACUUCCCAAAGUUGUAUCUGUCUAGUUGUUGUAAUGUUGACUGAAUAUUGUAGACAAACAAGUAUUUAUCUAAGCAAUGUUGUUGUGCUUCAAAAAUAUUUUAAUCCCUGAGUUAGCAUAAUGUUAUUGAAUACAUAAUGUGGGUAUAUGUAUGGUCUAAACUUUAUCAUAUUAUGUAAACUAAAUGUUGAAAGUAAAUUUGGUUUAUCUUUAUAACUUUACUUUAAGGUUUAACUUAUUAAAAGUAACUGUUCAUAUUAUAUACAUAAUACAUAGAGGAUUUAGAUGCAAUAUUUUAAGGGUUAAUUGAAAAAUAGAUUUUACUAUGAUUUUACAUUUUUCAAAUUUGUUGGCUUAUUCUGAGUGCAAAUAAAAAUGUUAAAUGCAUUUUCAAUUAAAGUUGCAAAAAUGUUGGAUUUUGUCAUAUUUUUGUAAAGAAUACUCUGCAUUUACAAAUUAAUAUGAAAUUGAUUUAAUGGAUAAGAGAUCCAUUGUGUUUUGACAAAAUAGUUAAGGCUGUUUGAAUUGCUAAUGCUUAUCAGACUUGUUCAGUAGUGUUAUGAAUUUGUGCAACUCAUAUAAGCUGGAUGAACUGGCUGUAAAAUGGUUGAAGAAGUCGAGUAUGCAUGUGCAAGGGAUGAUAAUUGAUGUUUAGGGAAGCUCCUGCUCUUACAGCACUGUCAGGUAUCUUUAGCCUAGUAAAAAACAUGGAAUUGGUAACUAACCCAUAAGCAUGGUAUGCAAGAGUAAAUCACCAGUAAUAGUAUCACAAUCACUCCAUAAGAAGACAGUCUCACCAUGAAACUUUGACACAUAAUUGUGCUUUUGUCUGCUAGAUAACGGUACUGAACAGGCUCUGAACUCUCCUACACUUAGCUCCAUCAUAUAUUUAAUGUUUCUUGUUGGCAUAAUUGUGUAAAUAUGAGAGCUAUCCAGAAAGUAACCUACAUUUUGAAAUAAUAAGUAAACCUGUCAGGAUACAAAAAUUGUACUAAAUACAUCUGAUUACUAAUUUUCUUUAGUCGCCAAGCAGAUUCAAGCACUUAUCAUAUCUUUGAAAUACCCUCUGCAGAAAAAUCUGCCGUCUGUGAAUGUAACCAACCUGUCACAGCAUUUUGAAGCUCCUUUUUAUAGCAGAACCGCUAAAAUGCAAGCCACCAUGUUCGGGAACAGGUGAAAGUCAUUAGGAGUCAAAUCUGUGCUGUAUCCUAAUCCUGUGAUAAAUAUCCUAUUUGAAUUUGGUCAAAAAUCCAUAUUUUGUUGGAGCUUCUGUGAGGGUGAACAGUUUUCAUACCCAACAAGGAGGAACCUUGUGGUAGCCUCAUUUUUUGUCACUAUUUUAAGUAAAAGAAUGACCAGAAAUCAGGAAAAUGACCAGAAUGUUCCAAAAUUGUGAAGGAACUGUUGGCACAAACUUUUUCUAUCACUUUGUAGAUUAUCGCUGACAAGAGAGCCUACUGCUCCAUUCUUAGUCGUUAAUGUUGGUUACGCCAUUUUUUUAAUCACAACCAUUGACAGGCUACACCUUCACUCAUAAUGUUCGUGCCAUAAACUGCACACAAUUCACGAUGAAUCUUGACUUCUAAGUGAUUAUUUGUCCAAAGAAAUCUUACUACACCACUUACUUUACACUUUACAGGAUUUUAUAUUAUGGCACCCAUGUUUUGAGGUUAUAACUGGACAACACAUAAACAUACCAUGGACAUAAAUUCAUUUAUGCACAGUUGGAAAUGCGAUUGUGCACAGUACACAUCGAUGUGCAACAUGGUAGUGCUUCCCCCAUACAAUGUGUAAAAGGUGGUUAUUUAUAGAUAACCCCCAUAUUACUUUAUCCUUUUUUUCCAGCUGUUAGAGAAAACAUUAAAUCCUUUCAUUUCUGUAAUGAAUUUUAAAACUUACAGUGUAAUUUUAUAAUUAUAUCUCCAAUAAAAAUCAAGAUAUUAAAAUUUAUUUGUAAAAUCAACCAAACUAUGAAAAAAUAAAAACUUCCUAAUGUUAAAAUGUUAUUAAAAUUGGUAUGCGGUUGUUUAAAAUUUAACCCCAACUGUGUAUAUUUUGUGUUUCAGCAAAUAUAAUGUUUGAUGGUUUAUUAUUACUGGCUGACAUUUGUAACAUCAUUAUUUGUGACUGCUGUUUUACAACUUGAAUCACUGAACAGUUUUUAGACAUUUAGUGUAGUCUCGACUAACAGCUAAAACAGCUGAGGGAUUGAACAUUAGCCUUGCUUACCCAUGCUUAGGUGUUUCAUACUGUAUUGCAUCUCUAAUUCUCUUUACUCUCCUCUCAGCCAUUAAGCAUUUCAAUCAAUAUUCAGUGUAUUCUUCUAACUCAUCAUGGUCUGACAACACACAUAUUUCAUAAUAGUAAUAUAAAAUCAUGCCUAUGAUUUAUUGCCAUAUAAAGCUGUGCACAAAUUUUAUGCACUUCAAUUCAACAAACUUUCAAGAUUUUAUUUCUUAGCUAAAGAAAAUCUUACUCACACAGCAUGGCAAACAAACAGCCUUGAGCCAUAAUCUAAAUUGUGUUAUCAAUUGCUUGAAGCAAGGCAAAUUGAGUUGCUGUAUGAUUUGCACGAUUCCAAGUAAAUUAAAAUCUUUUAGGUUUUCAGUUCAUAAUGAUCCAUUUAUAAGUAUUUUUUAUUACAACUACCUAUAUAAAAACAUGUUAAUGACAAAGUAUAGGUUGUUAGUUUUCUUGUUGUGGGUCGUACAUUUUUUUGUAAUUGAAUAAAUGUGGUUGCUAUGUUUGAUUGUUUGGAUUCAAUAGUAAUUGCCUGCAAAACAAAAAAUAUUGUUGUUUUUUGUUUAAAUUUUUGUUCAUUUUAGUUAACCUUCUGUUUCUGUUUCUUUUUGCAUGUUGCUCAUUGUUUAUUUUGUUUUGUUUUUAUUUAUAAUAUUUAAACAAAUCCUUAUUAUAGUUUAAACACUGCAAUGGCUUUAUUUUAUUUUUGCAGUCAUCGGUACAAACAGCUGACCAUCAUCCCAUGGGACUACAAUAAAACUGGAUCAAAUAAUAAUGCGAUUUUUUCACUCCAACACUGAACUUAUAUUUGACAGUAAUACAUUUUAGUCUACUGUAAUUUUUUAAUACUAGUUUAAUUUUUAUACUUUUGAUAUUGUAUUGUAAAUUUGUUUUGUCCCUAAAAAAUUAUAGCAUUCCGCAAGAACAUUUCUGUUUUAAGACAUAAAAUGCAAUUUUGUAUCUGUUCCUUCAGAUGCACAAUACACCGCUCUAGGCCUCAGAGAAACAUUCAUUUACGCUUAACGUAGGCUACGUCUUGUUAUUGAGAAUGGCUAACAUAAUAAGUAGUUAAAUGUUUUAAAAGUAUAUGACAGUUAACUGUGUGAGUACUAUUGUAUGAUGAACUAUAUGACUGUAACUCAAAAGAAUGCCAGGAUUUGUAACUAGUUACUGUAAAGAAUGUGAAAAUGUUAUGUCAUGUAAUUAGUGAUUUUAGUUUCAAUAUUACUACAUGAUGUACUUCAUUAUAUGAUCUAUUACAAACACCCAUUUCACAAACAGCUAUUUAGAAGUAUAGACAUUCACAAAGGCACAGGUUUAUAGGUUAUUUGACAGUAAUUUUAUUACCUACGAUAUGAUCUUGCCAAGGAUAAGAAUACUUUAGUUCUACACAAAAUGACUUACUAGCACUAUUUGUUAUGGAAACAAUCAACAAAAAUAUAAAAUUAAAGUAUACUAGCAUAUAGAAUUCAAAUGUUGAAGUCGGCAACAGAAAACAAACAUUACUUUGCAUUAAGUUAAAUUUUUGAAAUGUUAAUAUUUUGGUCAUUUCUAGAGUCAUAAAGAAGAGUAUUGAACAAGGA